AUGACCACCAUAAAAGCUCUGAUUCUGAGGACCCUUGCUCUGACCACAGUGAUGAGCCCCUGUGGAGGUGAAGACAUUGUGGCCGACCACGUGGGCACUUAUGGCACGAAUGUGUACCAGAUGUAUGGCGCCUUGGGCCAGUUUACAUACGAAUUUGAUGGAGAUGAGCUGUUCUACGUGGAUCUGGAAAAAAUGGAAACUGUGUGGCGGCUGCCCGAGUUUAACAAUUUCACCAUAUUUGAAGCUCGAAGUGCCCUGAGAAACAUUGUUAUGGCAAAAAGAAAUUUGGACAUCUUGAUAAAAAAUUCCAACUUUACGCCUGCCACCAAUGAAAUCCCUGAAGUGGCCGUGUUUCCCAAAUCUUCUGUGAUGCCGGGUAUUCCCAACACCCUCAUCUGCCUGGUGGACAACAUCUUCCCUCCUGUGAUCAACAUCACUUGGUUGUACAAUGGCCGCUCCGUUGCAGAAGGUGUUGCUGAGACCACCUUCUACCCCAAGAGUGACCACUCUUUCCUCAAGCUCAGUUACCUCACUUUCCUUCCCUCCAGCGAGGAUUUCUACGACUGCAGGGUGGAGCACUGGGGCCUGGAGGAGCCGCUCCUCAAGCAUUGGGAGCCUGAGAUUCCAACCCCCAUGUCAGAGCUGACAGAGACCGUGGUCUGUGUCCUGGGCCUGGCCGUGGGCCUCGUGGGCAUCGUGGUGGGCACCAUCCUAAUCAUCCGAGUCCUGCGCUCAGGUGGCGCCUCCAGGCACUGAAGGGCCACAUGAGUCAUGGCUUAGAAAGUGGGAAGGUGAUCAAUCGUUACAAGAAAGAAGAGGAGCGGUUCAGGCUCUAGCUCCCUGUCUCGGCCUUGGUGCCUGACUUAGACCCGCUCCCUGGUCCACUUCCUCAUACUUCCUUCCACAGCCUCCUCGCCUUCUCGCUUGUGGAGAAGUUUUCUUUCAGAGAUCACUGGCUCUUAUGAAUUCUUCCAAUUUGGUCUUUAUUUAUCACCUACCUUUCACAGAUCAUCCCACCCAGCCACCUAG